AUGACGGCAAUCGCGCAGCAACUGCAUUGCAGCUCUCCGCGCGCCGCCUUUGCUGGUAAGGUUCCAUCUAGGCAGCUGACGUGUCACUCGCGCCACGCCGUGCCAUUGACCAGGUCCCUUAGUCUCCAGGAGCCCAUUAUUCUGUCAGAACGAUCAAGUUCGCCGCUUCAUGGUUCUAGUCGACUCGUAGCGAGCGGCAUCGCUUUCUGUGCACCCACGUGGAAAGCCGUGGCGAGCCGAUCGCGCCGCGCCGCGAUCUGCGCGGCGACCAGGUCUGAUGCGCGCGGCGAGGAGGAAAGGGAAGGAGGCGGGGAAGGUGCGGCGGAAGGGAGAAGCAGAGGAGGCGAGGAGGGCGCGGACGGGGAAGGCGGAGGGGCAGCGCGGCGGGUCGGAGAGGGUUCGGCAGGUUCGGAAUGCACAGCCGCGAGGCCCGUGGGCGUGCAUUUCAUCGGGAUCGGCGGAUCGGGGCUGUCGGCGCUGGCCGCAGUGGCGCUGAAGCAGGGUUACCUGGUGUCAGGCUCCGACAGCAGUGCGAGCGCGCAGCUGCAGCGCGUGCAGCAGCAUGGCGCAGUGGCGUACGUGGGGCACUCGGCCGCUCACAUCGACUCCGCCCUGCAGCACACCCUGCAGGCCGCCGGGGGAGCGCGGAUGGAAGGGGGAGCAAGGGAGGAGGGGGAGGAGGGGGGCGAGGGGGCGGUGAGAGGGGGAGCGAGUGGGGCGCUGGUGGUGGUGGUGUCGAGUGCGGUGGCGGCGGAUAAUGUGGAGGUGCUGCGCGCGCGGCAGCUGGGCGUGCCCGUCCUCAAACGCUGGCAGUGGCUUGGCAUGAUGACGUCAUCAUUCGACUUGAUUGCUGUAGCUGGUACCCAUGGCAAGAGCACGACGACGGCAAUGCUCACAUGGGUGCUGCGCCAGAUGGGGGUCCCCCUCGCUGCUGUCAUUGGCGCCAAUGUGCCUCAGCUGCCAGGUGGCGGCAACGCAUUGGUCGAUGACGGUGCGAGCAUGAUGGUGCUGGAGGCGGACGAGUACGAUGGUGCCUUCCUGGAGCUGUCCCCCGCCAUUGCGGUGGUCACCAACGUGGAGUGGGAGCACGUGGACCUGUUCGACAGUGAGGCAGCGGUGCGGGCGGCCUUCGCGCGCUUCACCAGCCUCAUAAAGCGGGGCGGCGUUCUUGUGGCGUGUGGCGACAAUGCAGGCUCUCGCGCGCUGGUUACCCGCCUGCGAUCAAGCCAGGGCGACGCCUCAGCCCCUCGUGCUGCCACUGCCGCUGCCAAUCCCUCUUCUCCCACCGUGCCUCAUACGGGUAGCGGCGGCUCCCACGGCUCUGAUAGUGCUGCUGCUGAUGCUGCUGCUUCUGGUGCCACUGCACGGGCUGCUUGGCUGGAUGUGGAGGAGCAGCAGCAGACAGCUGUCACGUACGGAUUGGACGAGGGCAACGACUGGCGGGCCAUCAUGCUGGCGCCCAACCAGGCGGGCGGCACGGACUACGUGACGGUGUUUGCCGGCCGGCCCAUGGCGCGAGUGAGCCUGCAGCUGCCUGGCGUACACAACGUGCUCAACUCCCUUGCUGUCCUCGUUGUUGCCGCCCAGCUGGCGGCCCGUGACGCGCCGACAGCUGGCGACGCGGCACAGGUGGAGGCGGCAUCACUGGAGCUGCAGCGGGCGGCGGUGGCGCGGGCGGCAGAGCAGUUGGGGUGGUUUGAGGGGGCGGAGCGGCGGUUCCAGGUGGUAGGGCGGGCGGGCAAGUGGCGGGCCACGUUCGUGGAUGACUAUGCCCACCACCCCUCUGAGGUGCGUGCAGUGCUGCAGGCGGCGAGGCAGAGAUACGACGAGCAGCCCAUAUGGGUGGUCUUCCAGCCGCACACCUUCAGUCGGCUGGCCCAAUUUAUGGACGACUUUGCGCCGUCCUUCAGCGCAGCAGACCGCGUCAUUGUCACUCAGGUGUACUCCGCUCGCGAGGAGAACCGGUGGGGCGUCUCCGGUGCUGACCUGGCGGGCAACAUCACUGGCCCGCCUGCUGUCUACGUGCCCAGCCUUGUGAGCCGCCUGCCUUACCACUCUCCCCUCCUCUCUGCUUCCACCUCAUCCCACAUCUCACUAGCGUCCCCCCUUCUCACGUCUCACACUCUCCUUCCACUCGGCCUGGUGUCUCGCUGUCUUAAAUUUCCCAUCAACCUUUCUUUCCACCUACCAGCUCACACGCAUGUCACAUCCUCUCUCUCCCCUCUCGCCUUGCGACCGCCCAUCCCGCAACCCCCCAUCUCAUGCAACCCACAGGACGAUGUGAUCGACCGCCUGGAAUGGGAGGUGAAAGCACGAUGCCUCGCCACUGACACUGCCACUGCCACCGCUACCACAGGCAGCACCACAGAUGGCAGUGGUAUUAUAGGCGACAGCAGCAGCAGCAGCGGUGGCAGCAGUGCGGGCAGCAGCGAGGGUGGGAAGUGGGAGGGGCCGUUGUGGGAUGCAGUGAGCAUUGCGGGGGGCCGGCACGGGCUCAAGGCACAGGAUGUGGUCAUCAUGACACUCGGAGCAGGCAAAUCUGACCGCUCUGUUUCCUCCAUCGCGCCGCGCGCGUCCGGAGUGCUCCAGGUCCGCGAAAGACUGGGGAGCGCGGGACCUCCUUCCCGCAACGCCGCGCGGCCACGGCCCGGGAAGAAGAACAAGAAAGGCAAGCGUAGCGCGGCCCGCAAGGCCAAAGGUCCCCAGAAGAAGGGAAACAGCAAGAAGGGCUCUGGCAGCGUGAGAAGCGGACGCGGCAAGCGCGAUGCCGGCACUCAUGGCGACCCUUUUAAGCGGGGCACGAAUCACAGCAUGCGCAGCAGCGCGAGCAUGCUAACCAGCCUCCAACGCAUCAUCAACGCGCCGCGAGCCGGUGGUUGCAACAUGGCGACUGGCGAAGGGUGUUCCGCCGGCGACCAUCACUACAUUGAUCCUCUUUCCAACGGGCUUCCGAACGGCGGGCCGCUUAUGGCGCAGAUUCAAGCUGCCACGGCGCCACGUAGGCGAGAGGUUGACGACAUUAUUCAAAACGCGUACGCUGCCAAGUCAACGGGCGAGCUGCGUUACCAGCUGACUCUGUCGCUUCGCUCCAUUCGCAUGGCCCGUCGCAGCAUGUACAUUGCGUCGCCACUGUGCCGUCGCACGCUCAAGUUCGCCAUUUCGCAGUCCAAGAAGGUGGACAAAUUUAUUCGCAAGGGCGACGUCGCACACGCGCGCAAGCAGACGGUGCCCCUCGCCAAGGCCGUCGUCGAGUGUCAGCGAGACGUCGGGAGCGUUAUCGCGAAGCGAAGCAGUAAGGGCGCGCCGAAAGCGCAUGGUUACGAAGUAGAGACCGCGACAACUCAGGGCACGAACCUGGGCGGUGGCAGCAACAAUGACGUUGGCGAUUUCGUGAAAUCGUUGUCUGCACUCGACCAGGUUGCCUUCACGACAGCUGCGACGGCUGCGACGAUUCUCGCCGACGGCGGCGACGAGUACAGCGACAGCUUUCAAGAAUUGGAGAACGCGGUUAUUCGUCUGAGCGCCGUUGGGCAGACGCUGAAGCGCGUGAGCGGCGCGCGGGGAAUGUCGCGCGGAAUUGUGGGGCCGGAGGCGAACCAGGGGCUGCAGGAGGUCAUGGCAAAGCCGCCGACGCGCGCGACGAGCAUCGUGGAUUUCGUCGUGGAUUACGGAGAGGAGCUGGUUACCACGCUCCCCAAGGACGUAACGACGCUGACGUUCAACGGCACGCUCGGUAAGCCGCAUCCGCCUCUGCCCGGUGUGACUGCUAGUGUCCGUAGCGCGCGCAUCCACUCCGCGCUGGCCUUCCCCUCGGGGGUGUUCUCCGCGCGUCUGCAGUGUCCGCAGGGGCAGGCGAGCGGGCUCGACACCACCUUCUAUCUGUCGACAGUGGAGGGCGGCCCGGCGACGGACGCGAUCGUGAUGAGCGUGUUCGGCAACGCGCGCACGCGCGUGCGGUGCAUGGUGAUCGUGGACGGCGUGCCGGGCAGCGCGCAGGAGGUGGAGGUGGGCGACGACUGCGCCGUGGGCUUCCAUAACAUCACCAUCAUGUGGAGCAAGCAGCUCGUCAUAUGGAUGUACGACAACCAGGUGUUGCGAGUGCUAUCGCGCGACAUGCUCUCGCCCUUCCCGCUCUCCACAACCAUGUUCCUCUACGCCUCGCUCUACGACACCUCGCCCUACCCCUACGCCUGGCAAGCCGGCUACCUCCGCUCCUCCGCGCUCUCCCUCUCCGCCACCUACGCCGCGCCCACCGCGCUCGCCCCCGCGCCGUCCCUCAACUUCAACCUGCCGAUCGACCCGUUACUAGGCGCUCCGUUAGAAACGCGCCCGAAGGGGCGGGUGAUGGGGCGAGGGGCGAUGUGGCCGGUGGCGAUCGACUACUGCUCGACGCACGUGGAGACGCAGCGCGGGUAUCAGUCGAUCCGGUUCGACGGCACGGGGUGCGGCGGGCGCUUCCACUCCACGCUGCGCUACUUCAGCGGAACGUUCUCCGCGCUCUACCAGUGCCCGCGGGGGAACGCGUCCGGUCUCGUGUCCGCCUUCUACCUAUCAUCCGAGGAGGGCAGUCGGUUUCAGGACGAGAUAGACUUCGAGUGGCUGGGCAAGAACCACCGCGCCGUGCAGACCAACUUCUACGUCAACGGGGGUGGCGGGCGCGAGGUGCUAGUACCGCUCGCCUUCGACUGCUCCGACGGCUACCACAACUACACGCUCUCCUGGACCAGGGAGAAGAUCCGGUGGUAUGUGGACGGGGCGCUUGUGAGGGAGGCGUUAUCCAGUCAGUCGGACGCGUAUCCUGUGAAGCCCAUGUAUGUGUAUGGGUCCAUGUGGAACGCCAGCUGGGUGGUCAAUGGCGGGUGGUCGGGUGCGUAUAGCGGCGUGGACGCGCCUUACUUCGCCAAGUAUAAGGAUAUAAAGAUCUUGACAGCUUGA